GGGCGCAGUCCACGAUUCGGGCAAGACGGUUUGUUGUUGCCUCCGCCGCCGCACAGUAUUUUCGUUCGUUUCCAUUUUCGGUACCCGUUGGUCAGUCGGAAGUUUUGUUUUCCUUUCGGAAGUGCGAUCGAUUUCCACCGGGACCUGCGUAAAAUUGCAACGCCUAGCUUGCCGAAAAUAGUGACACCCCUAUCUGCAGUGUACGGUCGCCGAAAAAGUGCAGCAAGGGACCCGUGUCAUCCGUAGCUGUUUGUAUUACACACAUUUGACUCCCGUUUUCUCUCGCUCUGGUGCCUGUGGUGUGUUGCCGUUGCUGCAGCGCAGAGUCGCAGAGGGUCGUUCGGUUCGUGGAGCUCCCGAGAAAGAAGUGUCACAACUUGGUUCCCCCAAAACAAACCGUUCGGACCUCGGUUGCCGGUUGACCCACGAAUACGAUCUCCGGCGUUACUCGGAAGGGACGGGAUACACGACACAGAUCCAGGAGAGUGAGCGAGCUUCCGGGUAAGCUCCUCAGGAAUCGCUCAAAUUGGAGGCGAAAAAGGCAAAAAUGGUGCUGGCCGACCGAAACGCUGAAAACAUUGUCCGCAAUGGGCGGCGAUCGCGAGGGCCCAGCCCAAACGGCCACUCGGCAGUGUUGGCCGCCGGCGGAAUCACCGAAUCCAGCUCAGAUGACGAAAACUCACGGAAAAAUGGAAAUUCCUCCAAGGAAACGAAAAAGAAGAGCGAAUAUGAAGAGAAAAUCCGCGUCGGACGUGAUUACCAGGCCGUGUGUCCAGAACUGAUACCAGCACCAGAACGCAAACCAGAGACCCUCAACGACCGGGCGUUGCUGGUGUGGUCUCCCACAAAGGAAAUUCCAGACCCGAAACUGGAAGAGUACAUAACGGUGGCCAAAGAAAAGUACGGAUACAACGGCGAGCAGGCCCUGGGGAUGUUGUUCUGGCACAAGCAUGAUCUCGAGCGGGCGGUGCUGGAUUUGGCCAAUUUCACCCCCUUCCCGGACGAGUGGACCGUCGAGGACAAAGUGCUGUUCGAACAGGCAUUCCAGUUUCACGGCAAAAGCUUUCACAGAAUUCGACAAAUGCUACCGGACAAAUCGAUUGCCAGCCUGGUCAAAUUCUACUAUUCGUGGAAGAAGACGCGCAGUCGAACCAGCGUGAUGGACCGCCAGGAGAAGAUGAAGAAAAACGACAGUUCGGAAAACGGAAGCGACCACGGGAGCAACGAGGACUCGGAUAACGACGACAAGCCGUCGGCGAGCACUAGCGUCAAUAAUCCGGGCUCUAAUCUAGCGGUGGCGGGCAGUGGCACCGGUGAAGCAGCCGUUGUCCCGAACUCGAAUGGCGUCCCUAGCGCCACUACUGGUCAGACCGAUUCCGGCGAUCUUGCCGCUAAGCCAGGUCAAAACAACGAAGCCGAAGCAGCCACCCCAAACGUGACCUCCACCAACGGUAACAGUAGCCUGAACUGUUCCGGGUGCGGCGUCACUUGCAGCGAACUGAAUGCGACCCCCCAGGGAAAACUGUGCGGCAGUUGCUACCAUCAUUGGAGACGUACCGGUGUUUUGCGUCCCACAUCCGGUCCGACUUUUAUGAACAAACGUGCGCGCAAUUCGAACCUGUUGGGCAAGUCCGGGGACAGUCACAAGCGUAGGCCCCCGCGGGGAAUGUACAUCAAUCACGACGACAUUGUCAAGCUGGCCAACACGGCUCAGAACACUAGCAAUGCCGAAGGGAAUCCCAACGACGACCUGCUGGCCGGGAUGGAUAGGGAAAUCGUUACCCUCUGGAGUCAAAUUCAGUUGAACAAGCAGUCCAUCAGUGGAUGGAAGCGCAAGUUAGACCAACAUCCGGUGAAGGGAGCUCGCCCUUUGGAACCCGUCACCGUUCGGAUUAAUUCCCGUUGGAACAACGAGGAACUUUUACUGGCCGUUCAGGGCGUCCGGAAGUAUGGUCGUGAUUUUCAGGCAAUUGCUGACACAAUAGGUACCAAGGUCGAAGCACAGUUGCGUACCUUCUAUGUCAACUACCGUCGCAAGUAUAAUUUAGACAACGUGCUGAAAGAGUUCGAAGCGGAGCAGAAGCAACUUCAAGAACAGAUGAACAAUAACAACAACAGUACUGGUGGUGGUGGUGGUGCAGCUGCUGCUCCCAUCAGUAACAAAGAAGAUGACUCAACGACAAGCAUAAGCGAACUAGAAAGUGCCGAUAACAAUUCAAUGACGGGGGACAAGCUGGACCUUGAAGAAGGCAAAAAAUCAUCAGCGAAAAAGCCCAACCUUAUUGAGAAUGAAAUUUUAGAGAUCGAUCUUGACGAUGAUGAGAUGGUCAAUGGAAAGAAAUCCGAAAUGGGUGGCGACACCCUAGAUGUUAAUGCUGUGUCCGGUGUGACGUCAGCUUCCUCCCUUUUGAUGGGUAGUUCGGUAACUCUUUCCGCCUCCGGAAUAUCUACCUCUAAUGCGGCAGUCGCGGCAGACAGUGGAACCUCGAUGGAAGUUGACGAUCAGUCCAGUUCCAGGGCGAAAGGGUCAGAUUCAGCUGGAAGCAGUACCAUUAUCAUCAAAUAAGUGACAACACCUGCCGAAUCAUCCUAAUUUCUGUAUCCCCUUUUUUAGAUUCGCUUAUUUACUCUCAUUCGCUUUGUCAUGUUGUACCUUUUCUCGUAUCUUUCGGUUUUUGUAGCGAUAGAAUAACGCUGUAUUAUUACUUUUUUACAUUUUGUUCGUAGUAGUAGUGACAUUUUUUUCUCACUUAUGUAAAACUGUUCAACCUUUUUAUGCAUAAACUAGGACUGCCUUUAGUCGGGUUUGAAACCAAUACGUUUAACACCCUUUUUAAAUGUAGUAAUGUUGUUUGCUACCAACCUUUAUGGUUUCAAACUCUGACUUAUGAUGAUGAUCGUAGCUCACGUUUGAUCUACCAAUUUUUAUUAAAUAAUGAACUACCAAAAAUGAAACCUAAAAGAAAUCGUAAAUCAUCAUUGAUUAAACAGAUGUGCAUGCACAUCAGUUUCAUAGCAUUAACCUAUCACCGUCCCAAUAUUUCCCAUGAUGAUUUUGGUUCCGCAGCAAUUAGUUCUGUCUGUAUUUAUUUGUCAGUAACAAAAGUUAGCUAGGAAAAGAUAAAAACACCUGAAUUGUGGUAAUGUUUCACCCACGAUACAGGACAUACACACACUGAACUUAUACCAUAGCUUCAGACAAAUGUGCCCUUUACAAUUGCAGGACACCUACCUACAAAUGUAUAACAGUUUAGGGAAAGGAAAAUAACAGGAAUGCGCGUACACAUAACAAGCACAUACACACAUUUACUGUUUCCUUCAAACACAUACACACACAUGAUAUAAAACAGUUGAAAAGCAUUAGAAACCGUUAUUAUUAUUACUAAUAUUAUGCUAUCGUAAAACAAGCGAGUACGAAAAAAAGCAGAUGAUUAUUUAACAGUUGAAUAAAAACUACAAACAAGGAAAACACAGAUAAGCAACAAUGAUAGACCGCAAACAACACAUACGCAAUUCUCACUGAAAAAAAAAGAUAAAACGAAAAACAAGACACAGGAAAAAUAUAUGCGACAUUGAAUGCCUCUAAAAUUA